GCAUUAACGCAAACUCUCUUCCACCACUCUCACUGUCGCAAGUGCCACACGCCAGUCGUCAGAUCAUGGCAUCCGCCACCGCCGCUGCAACUUCUUCGUUUCUUGGAUCCCGCCUUCACGACGGCCACUCCAACACCGGCAAGUUCCAGGCUAGAUUCGGAUUCGGAACGAAGAAAUCCCCUCCCCCGAAGAAGACCGUGUCGAAACCGAGUUCGGAUCGGCCACUUUGGUACCCCGGUGCCAAGGCCCCCGAGUGGCUCGAUGGGAGCUUAGUGGGUGACUACGGAUUCGACCCCUUCGGUCUGGGAAAACCCGCCGAGUACCUUCAGUUCGAGUUGGACUCUUUGGACCAAAACUUGGCGAAGAACUUGGCCGGUGAUGUGAUCGGGACUCGAACCGAGAGCUCAGACGUGAAGUCGACUCCAUUCCAGCCCUACAGAGAGGUGUUUGGCUUGCAACGAUUCCGUGAGUGCGAACUCAUUCAUGGCCGCUGGGCUAUGCUGGCUACACUCGGCGCACUCGCCGUUGAAGCCCUUACCGGAGUUACCUGGCAAGACGCCGGAAAGGUCGAGUUGGUGGAGGGGUCCUCUUAUCUUGGGCUUCCUCUUCCAUUCUCGAUAACCACGUUGAUAUGGAUCGAGGUCCUAGUGAUUGGAUAUAUUGAAUUCCAGAGGAAUGCAGAGCUGGACCCAGAGAAGAGGUUGUAUCCAGGUGGGAAAUUCUUUGACCCUCUGGGCUUGGCUGCAGACCCAGAGAAGAAGGUAACCCUUCAAUUGGCAGAGAUCAAGCAUGCCCGUCUGGCUAUGGUUGCAUUCCUGGGCUUUGCCAUCCAAGCCGCAGUCACUGGUAAAGGCCCACUCAACAACUGGGUCACCCACUUGAGCGACCCACUCCACACUACCAUCAUUGAUACCUUCACUUCCUCAUCUUAAGUUGCUCUCUCUGUCUCUCUUUUUGUGUAUCGUCGGAGGCCUGGCUUGCUUAGUGAGUGACGUUUUGCCCUGUUGAUCAUUAUCUGUAUUUUCAUCCUGUAAAAACGUCUAUAGCAUUCGACAGUAUUACGUUAAAUUUUAGUGCAUAUAUUAUAUAUGUAGUUUGAUAUA